AAAAUCUUUGUUUACUUCUAUACUCGUAUCUUGACGAAGUGUUUUUGUUAUUGUGUGUGAAAAUAUUUUCAGUCUAUUUGCAAAUUAUAGCUUUUAAUACUUGAUCGCGUUUGAUAUUGAUAAUAUGCAAUAUUAUCUUGAAUUAUAUUCGCCUAAACAUGUGCUUUAUAAUGUUUGUCUAUAAAUUCGAUAUCGAAAGUCAUUGUGAAUAUUAAGUGCUUACAAAUUUUUAUUUUUAAUAGUGUUUUAUUUUGUUAUGUAAUCGAAGGAUAUGAAGUAUAAUAGUUCGACAUAUCUUUAAAAUAAUUAAAUGUGUCAAAAUAUUAUUGUUUUUGAAACAACAAGAAAUAAAUAAACAUUGUCAUUUUGUACGGGACACGUGGGUAUAAGUGAAUAAAUCAAUAGAAGUGUAAGACGCGUGCGCUAGUCUCUAUCAACGAGACGAUUAUACGCCAAGGUCACUCUACACAACACGUGCAAUGUCUGAUUCUAUUUACACACAUGACUUUCUUCUAGAGCCAGGAGUAGAGAUAAAACAGGAGUCUCCCUUUGAGCUCGGUCCCAUGUCUGCCUCUGUACCUAUACCUCAACGACGAACUGAGCUCGGAGACUUCAACUCCGAUCUAGAUCUGUGCUUGCAAGAUAAUCUAGCUGGUUCUUUUCACAAUGUACCUUCAAUGCAGUACAAUAAACUAGCAUAUGAAUCUGAAAACUGUAAAAUGGAAAUUUUAAACAAAAUGGAUGAUGAUGAUAUAUUUCAAGUAGACAAAGCAGAUUUAAUUCUAGGCCCAACAUUAGCUGAACUGAAUGCAAAUCCUGAUACUUUGUUGGAGGAUUUGAAUUUUGAUGAUUUACUGCUACCAGAAGAGAGUGGUUAUUGCAUACAAAUUGGAGGGGCCAUGAGUGGUUCUCGCCAUACACCAAACACUGUGGAGAUUUCAAACACAUUGGCAGCGGAGAGCCCUUGCAGCCCUUAUAGCAGAGCACAGCUUGCUUUUUCACCUUCAAGUCAGCACAGUUCGGCAUCAUCUAGUUUUGCACAACCAAUGAAUCAAUUGCCAGAAUUAUUGCUUCGUCUAGAUGGUUAUGGUGGUGAAAUAGCAUUGGGACAGUCAGUUCCAGCUUCCAGUAUAUUACCACCAUUUCCCAUUGCAGUGAAACCACAACAAACUCAACUUUCCUCAUCAGCACCAACACAUCUUACAAUGGAACAGAUCUGGCAACGUCGUGAACCUCGUAAGCACUUAUUAUCUACCAGCUCUCUGGCAGAAGCUGGCUCGGCAUCUUCCCUCUCUGGUGGUUUACUCAGUCCUGGUACAGAAGAUAUUUCACAAGAUGAAGAUGAAAGAGAUGUAGAGUCUGAUGAAGAUAGUGACAGAUAUGAGGAUCUAUCAUCUGAUGAAUCCAAUGAUGAGUGUUCAGAAAGUAAACAGGCCAGGAAUAAUGCAAAAAAGGAGAGAUUUUUCUGGCAAUACAAUGUGCAAGCAAAAGGACCUAAAGGGCAACGCCUCAUUUUACAGAAGAAAUCUGAAGAUCCACACAUUUUAAAUUCUGUCACAGACCCAGUGUUUAGUCCUAGCUGCAGUGUUAGAGGUAUAAAACACAGUGGAAAAGCACGGAAAGGAGAUGGAAAUGAUCUUACACCUAAUCCGAGGAAAUUAUAUCUUAUUGGCAAAGAACUGGAUAAUUUGGGUAAAGUUAUUAAUGACAUGAUUCCCGUUAGUGAGCUACCAUUUAAUAUCAGACCCAAAACAAGGAAAGAAAAAAAUAAACUAGCUUCCAGAGCUUGCAGGUUAAAGAAAAAAGCACAACAUGAAGCCAAUAAACUAAAACUCUACGGUUUGCAACAAGAACAUAGACGUCUUCUUAAUGGAAUUGCUCAGAUGAAACAAGUUCUAAACAACAGAGUAACUAAUCAAAAUCAGAACAAAAUUGAUUGGAAUAACCAUAUCAAAGGCAUUAUUAAUACCGCUACAGAGGUUAAGAUAGCUGGUAAAACAUCAGAAUUCGUCAACAAAAUAUUGGAUAAUGUUAAAGCUGGUCAUAGUAAUGGUGGAUUGAAUGAUUUAUAAGAGGUAAUGAUAAAUGGAUGUGAAUUAUUAAACGAAAGGCUGUUCUAUGUACCUCCAAAGUUAUUUAGAAAGAGAGUUUUAUGUCUAUCUUUAAAAGCUUAACUGUCCAAGACAAGUUAUUUUUAUAUGGUAUCAAGAAUAAAUUUAGUCAUUAGAAGCUUUAUAAGGCAACUAAGAAGAAUAUAAUAGUAUCUAGUUAUUUUUUGUUUUUAUUAUAUUGAAGUUAUACACAUAAUUGAUGUUGCUAUUACUUGGGCUAGUUUAUAAAUGUGUUGCCAUACUAAAUACAAAAAAAGGAAAUUUUAAUAUUUAAAAUAUUUUUUAACAAAUUCGACCUGUAUGGUUAUUUAUUCUAAAAUGAAAUAAAACCUAAUAACUCUUACAUUAAAUGAGAUGCUCACGAUUUUAUACCCCGAGCUAGUCAGAGGUAUUUAUGAAUUAUUGUAUAUUCAUGUUAUAUUUACAAGAUUUAUAUUUAUGUUAACAUCAAAUUUUAUUAACUCUAAAUAUUCAAUUAAUAUGACUUCAGACACUAAUCUUGAAUUGGGUAGUCAGAAGCAAUUUGUCAAUUGUUACUGUGGUUUUUCAAUAUUUAUAAAGCUCAAUUGAAGUUUUUCAAAUACGACUGGCACUUGCUUACAGAAAACUAAGAAAUAAAUUAGUGAAAGUAUUUUUUGAAUUAGAUAUACAUAAAAUACUAAAACAUUAUAUUUUUGUGGUGUCCCAUAAUUAUAAUUCUUUCUUUUGUUCAUUACUGAGGUGUAUCAGUAAAUUGAUAAUAAUAUUGUAGGUACUGUAUAUUCAAUGUGUCCACAACAUAGUACACCAUACAAGGAAAAUUAAAUUUGUGAUUACAAAGGAUUUUUAAUUGUUCACGUUUCCUUUGUAAAUAAAUAUUUAUUUCCAAAAAUUAUUUGUUCCCACUAUAGAUAUAUCAAUGGCUCUCCUACAUGUAUGUACCUAAACAGUUUUUUACAAUUAAUACGUCACAAUAUGGCAGUUGGUAUUUUUUGUUAAAUGUAUAAUUAUACAUAUGAAUAAUAGAUAUGUACACGCAAAAUGAGACAUUUUUUAAUAUGACAUGAUGCACGUAUCAUUAUAUUUUUUCGAUUAAAAAUAAUGAACUGUAAAAGUUUCGCAAAUAAUAAAGAAAUAAAAAUCUUUAUAAUUGUUAUUAUCAAGUUGGAUGUACUCAAGAAAGUGAUAUAAUAUUUUAAUUACCUGGUUACUGUUUUGUUUUGUUAAAAUAAAAUUUAUUGCUUAUUAUAUUUUAUUACAAUUAUAUUAUACAUUUUUUUUACUGUUAUACUGUUUUUUGUUUUUAAUUUAGUAUGUCAAAGACAGCGGUAAUGCAAAUUGCAUACUAGAACCAAAUCGUUAAGUUAACAAGAAGUUAAUCAAUAACUAUAACAUUCUGUUGCUAAAUAUAGAAAGGUUAAAGUUAAAGAGUAAAUUUCAAAGUAAUUAUAUGAUUAAAAAUUUACCGCAUUUACACAAAGUUUAAUUGGAACUUAAAUUAUAUAUACAUGUCUAUGAUACCUACAUUAAAAACAAAAUAUUAUUGUACUAUUAAAAACGAAAUAUUAUUGUUUAUUUACAAAAUAUUUUUUUUUUUAAUAUUAACACUCCACUAGAUAACUAACGAUUCUAAGAGUUGAUAAAAGCGGCAUAAUAUAUUAUGUAUUUCUUUUAACUGUGAUAAUUACCUGCAAUUAGAAACUUACAGACACCAAAUUUUCGUAUAAAUUAUUUGUAAUUUUUAUUACAAAAUAGAUAUUUUUUGAUAAUCGUGUGUUAAUUUUAUAAUUAUUAAAUAGGUACUGGACUUACAAAGUUCAGCCCGGCACACAUUCAGUACUAAUUGGCAGUUUUAGCUGAUAGUGUGUGACAUAUUUUAUUGUAGGUAUAAUGUUUAUAAACGGUACACAUGUGAUAUCUAUAUCACAGCCAAACGGUGUAAUUUGUAUUGUUAAUAUUUUUUUUAUUAUUUAAGCAUUGGACUUAAUCUAAGUAUUCUCACUAUGAUUAUAUUUUGUUAUUUUUAGUAGACGUAGGUAAUACGUAUGCAUGAUGUACUAUCAUGUAUAAGUAUUGUUGUAGUCAUCGGACAAAAAAAACUAAGGCGCAACUCGCAGUUAAAACGACUGUUUUUACAAUGAGUACCUUUGUUUAGCUGGAAUACAUUCCGGUGGAACAUUUAUACAUGUUUAACAAAAUGGCUAGAGCUUUCGUACUGGAGAGAAUUACAUAAUUUGGCUGUGACAUUCAUAUAAAUUGAUUAUGUAGAUACCACUAUGUAUGUAAAUAUAGGUAAGAUUAUAUGAAAUUAUAUUGUAAGUACAUAGUUUAAGAUGAAAUCAAAGAAUUAUAUAAAUCAUAAAUAUAAUAUUAUACAUGUAUAUAAAUUAAGUGUAUUAGAUGUUUAAAUAAAUAAUUGAAGAGUUAAGUAGUCAAAGGUUUUAACUAACAAAUAGCUCUAAAAUGCUCUUACGCGUUUUAACCACAUUUGUAAUGUAUAAAUUUACCUUAAAUGAUAGUUAAAAUUUUUACUAUAUUUUCUAACUUUUUAUACAACGAAUAUUUAUAGUUUUACAUAUCAUGAGGCCAUUUAUUAUCAACUAAAAUCUUUGUUUAAACAAUAAGAAUAUUUUUUUCAAUUUUGUCAGAUAACACCGUUGUCUUCUUAACCCUUCAAUUGCUGACUGCAAAUAAAUAAUUAUAUUAAGUUUUUAUUGUCAUAUAUAUAUGAGUAACAUUUUAAUCUGAAACUGUAGGAACAAUAGGAUAUAACUAGUAUUUGCUUUUUCCAAAGCUGGCUUAGUGUCAGUUCUCUUAAAAAUUUACAGCACAUUAGUAGCUAUCCUAAAAUGGGUAAGUGUUUAAUAGUACCUAUUCGAAAAAGUAACAUGCGCUUGGCUAUUUCCGUGUCUUUAAUGACAAUUAUUUAUCAAUAGGGAAGUUAGAUAUUUGCAAGUCUCCCUUAUUUAUGUUAUUGAUUUAUGAAGGUAUUUUAUUUAUUUACUUAAUUAUUUAAAAUCAAACAUUAAUGAAGAAUCUAAAUUAAUAGUUUAUAAUUUUGUUCUGUGUUGUGUUUUAUGAAAUGGAUAUAUUUUUAAGUUUAAAAAAAAAACAGAUCUAAAAAAUUAAAAUUCUAUUUUAAUUGUGAAGACCUUAAAUUGUACUAAAAUUUUUUUAAAAUUUCGAGAAAUAUAUAUAUUAGAGGAUCAUUUUAAAAUUUAUCUAAUACCUAUAUGUUUUUUUUUUAUUUCGAUAAAACAAUCUUUUAUUGUUGUCAUAGUUUUUUUUUAUUACAUCGUUUUUAUAUUGUUUAUUGAAAUGUAUGCCUAAACACGGAAAUAACGGAGAGUUAGGUUUUUUCGAUAUGUAUGUAAUUAAUAUUGUAGUAAUGCAAAAGUUGUAGCACUAGUUAAUCAUGAAUAAUACAAUCGGCAAUAAAGUCGAUAAACACUUAUAUUAAUUUCAUUAUACUAUUAUAACAAAUAAGUAUCAAAUUUUCCUGGAACAUAUUCAGCUUUUGUUAUUAGACUAGGUAGUUAGACUACUCUAAAACUAAUACACUCAUAUCAUCCAUUAGAAAUAUUUUCUAUCAAAUAAAUAUUAACAUACGGCAUUUUAUUACGGUAUAGAUAUUGUGAUUACCUUCAUAAUGUAUUUUACUGUUUUUGUUUGAUUAGUUAUAUAAGGGCUUGUUACAUAUUUAGAUAUGACAGUCUCAGUGUUUUACUAAUAAAAUCGUAUAUUCAACAAAUGCUUAUUAUAGCAAUUUUAUUUAAUGUGUUCACGAUGUUAUAGUUUUUAUCUCACAUCUUAAAAGCUGCAACAUAAUUAUAUUAGAACAUAAAUGUAAUUAAAAAAAAAUAUUUUAUUACACACCUGUUCAUAAUUUCAAAUUUUGUUUUUAUGCCAAGUGUAUUAAAUUCUGACGUUUACCCCGCGCCAUUACUAAAAGGAAUUUUGCUAUUGCAUGCUCAGUGCAUGAGCCUCAACUCGACCGAGAUUAAAAAUCGGCUUAUUUUCUAGUUGAUCCCAAGUAGUCUUUUUUAAUAAUACAUAUAGAAAUAACUUUAAAAUUUAAUAUAACUGAUACUGCAGAUAUGAAAUCGAUUCAUAAUAAAAACUAGUUUUGGUAGCUUUAGGAACAUUGAAGAGGAGACUGGGUCACGACUAGGCUGUCAUAUCUGCUACGUAGCUAUUUGAAUGUUUAACUAUAGGUAUUAUAGGUUACUGAUUACAAUAAAUAACGUGUAUGUAAUGAUAUUAUAG